AUGAACCCAAAUUGGAACUCCCCUAAAGGCCAGAAAGAGGGUGCCUCCACACUCCUUGCGCGAUGGCAAUCUGCAACCAAGAAUAAAGAAGGCCAACCUAAUACCGUCAUCUUGAAGGCAACACUACCAGAUCCCCAAGAUGGUUUGAAGCCUAAAAUUGUUGGCGCAGCAAUCUGGACUCAAGCUUCAUUUGUGGAAGGAUACGGGGAUAUGCCGACGGACAGUCCUGCUGGCCUUGCGACUUUGACUCCAACCGAGAGACGCUUUGCGAGCCAGAUGUAUCGCUCGCUGUGGAAACGUCGAGUUUCCCUCGCGCAGGAAAAGGCGAAAUCGGACUCACCCGCUAUGUUUGCGCUUGAUACAUGUGCGGUCAAUCCAGAUUUCCAACGAAGAGGUGUUGCGGGAAAGCUAGUUGCAUGGGGACUCGAGGAGGCAAAACGAAGAGGAGGGUUAGAGUGCAUGACUGAGGCAUCGCCCAUGGGCCGUAGUGUAUACGAGAAACUUGGGUUUAGAGCAGAGAGUGCGGGAGAGGAUCUUGUGUAUGAUGUCGAUGAAGAAUUCAUGAAUCGUGAUAUGCCGGAAAUUUUGUUUAUGCGUACUUGGGCUGGCCAGUGA